GGCGCUCCGGGAAGCCCGGUGGGGCGAGCCCGAGGCGGGCCGGGCGGCGAUGCCGCUGGAGGCGCAGGACGCGGUGUACGUGGCGCUGGAGCUGGCGCUGGCCGCUCUGUCGGUGGCCGGCAACGUGCUGGUGUGCGCGGCAGUAGGCACCUCGAGCGCACUGCAGACGCCCACCAACUACUUUUUGGUGUCGCUGGCCGCGGCCGACGUGGCCGUGGGGCUGUUCGCCAUCCCCUUCGCCAUCACCAUCAGCCUGGGCUUCUGCACCGACUUCCACAGCUGCCUCUUCCUCGCCUGCUUCGUGCUUGUGCUCACGCAGAGCUCCAUCUUCAGCCUCCUGGCCGUGGCCGUCGACAGAUACCUGGCCGUGCGCGUCCCGCUCAGGUAUAAGAGUCUGGUCACUGGGGCCCGAGCGAGAGGAGUUAUUGCUGCCCUCUGGGUCCUGGCGUUUGGCAUCGGCCUGACGCCGUUCCUGGGGUGGAACAGCAGAGAAAGAGCCAUCAACUGCACGGAGCCGGGGGACAGAGCCGAGAACGUGAGCUGCUGCCUCAUCAGGUGUCUCUUCGAAAACGUGGUGCCUAUGAGCUACAUGGUGUACUUCAACUUCUUCGGCUGUGUCCUGCCCCCGCUGCUCAUCAUGCUGGCCAUCUACGUCAAGAUCUUCCUGGUGGCCUGCAGGCAGCUGCAGCGCACAGAGCUCAUGGACCACUCGAGGACCGUCCUCCAGCGGGAGAUCCACGCGGCCAAGUCCCUGGCCAUGAUUGUUGGCAUUUUUGCCCUAUGCUGGCUGCCAGUCCAUGCCAUCAACUGCGCCUCGCUCUUCCAGCCAACCUGGGCCAUGGAGAAGCCCAAGUGGGCGAUGAACUUAGCCAUCCUCCUGUCGCAUGCCAACUCGGCUGUGAACCCCAUCGUCUACGCCUACCGGAACCGAGACUUCCGUUACACUUUUCACAAAAUCAUUUCCAGGUACGUCCUCUGCCGGACGGACAUCCUCAAGAGCAGGGAGGGGCAGGCAGGGUCUCAGCCCACUCUCCAGCUGGGCCUAUGACCCAGGCUCUGGCCUCUUCCAGGAGAGGGCUCAAUAACAAAGGGACGGGGCACGCUCGGCCAGUUCUCACUGGAAAGACAGCAACCCUCACAGGCCAGCCGGUUGCCUCUUCUGGGCGCUUCCCUGGAGGUCCCAUGUACCUCGUUAACAUGUGACUACUACUUCCUGAGGUUGACAAGUGUAUUUAUGGUUCUCUGGCUGCUUUGUGUGGAUGAUGCUGACGGUGUGAAUGGAUUGUAAAAGUAUGUUUUGCUUUUUUUUGUUUAAGAGUCUGCCUCUUUUAUGGUAGAAAAUGAUCAAAACUAUUUUACUGUGACAUACUGUGAACUAUUAUAAUACAAAUAUUUUUUUAACUCGGAGGCAAUGGGAAAGGUUGGACAUGUUAAAAAUAAUACUUGUUCUGAGGAAGGUGACCAGGAAAAGUAAAAGUAUGAAUCUUCAACCAAGAGACUGCUGUUUUAGGGAAAUGACAGGCUUGUAAGUUCUUAAGUAGAACAUCAUCACAGGCUCAACAACAUUCUUAUCCAUGUACAGCACCCCACCCCAGAAGAAGCUGUAGAAGCAGGGUCCUCCACUACCAGGCUCCGAUCCCCUUCCAGAGCUAGGUGGUGAUUUUUACGUCUCUCCCAAAUUCAAGUUUGGCCACGAUGCUGGACCCCAAAGUGAAAAUUUUACUAAGGCGGGUUAUGUAAUUGUGUUUCUGUAUGAGGUAAAAUAAAAAUAAAACUUAACAAAAGUU